AUGGAAAACUCUAAGGAGGGGGGUCCAGCCUCCCAAACUCAACCUGUACCCCAACAGCCGCAAGGUUUAAACGCAGCGCUGAAGUUGGAGAGCCCGGGCGUGAAGAGAAUCGAGGCUUUGUCAUCUCACCUGCAACCCAUCGAUCGAGUGCUUCUCUUCUUUGGGAUUUUUCUCAUCGCCUAUGUCUAUGGUCUGGAUGGGCUGGUGCGAGGGACCUAUCAGCCAUAUGCCACGGCUUCGUACGGCUCCCACAGUUUACUGUCGAGUGUAGAUAUUCUUCGUGCGGUUAUUGCUGCUGCGGCACAGCCAACGGCGGCUAAAAUCGCCGAUGUUUUCGGGAGAAUCGAGUUGAUCUUGAUCUCGGUGCUGUUUUAUACCGUUGGCACAAUCAUUGAGACGUCUUCGACUACGGUCGAGCAAUUUGCUGCAGGUGCCGUUCUAUACCAGAUCGGCUACACCGCGAUCAUCCUGCUGGUUGAGGUGUUGGUCGCGGAUGUCACUUCGCUUCGCUCCCGCCUACUGUUUUCGUAUAUCCCGGCCCUGCCGUUUAUAAUCAACACCUGGAUUAGUGGAGAUGUCACCGGAGCUGUAUUGAGGGUGACCACGUGGCGCUGGGGCGUUGGCAUGUUUACCAUAAUCUACCCCGUAUGCACACUCCCUCUUCUUGCUACCCUCUGCAUCGUCCACCGCAGAGCGAAAAGGAAUGGCGCCUUGGAUAAUAUUCGAAGCUCCUAUCGGACGCUGGGUGCCUGGAAGCUGACCAAGGAACUAUUCUGGUACUUGGAUGUGAUUGGCAUCAUUCUCCUGAUUGCCUUUCUUGGCUUGGUUCUGGUGCCUUUCACGAUAGCCGGAGGCCUUUCUUCACAAUGGAAGAAGGCCAAGAUUAUCGCCCCCCUGGUUAUCGGGCUGUGUUGCAUACCGGCGUGGGUUAUUUGGGAGAGGUUUUGCAAACAUCCGAUGGUUCCAUUCAAACUCUUAAAAGAUCGCGCAGUCUGGGGAGCGCUGGGAAUUGCUCUCAUGCUGAACACCGCGUGGACGCUCCAGGGCGAAUACUUAUACACUGUUCUUAUUGUUAGCUUUGAUGAGAGCAUCACAAGCGCGACGAGGAUCAGAUCCCUCUACAGCUUUGCCUCAGUCAUCACGGGGUCCAUACUCGGACUUGUCGUCUUCAAGGUUCGACGACUCAAGCCAUUCAUCGUGGGAGGCACUCUCCUGUUCAUGGUGGCUUUCGGGAUCUUGAUCUAUUAUCGCGGAGGACCGACCUCGUCUAGCCACUCGGGAAUAAUUGGCGGACAGAUCCUUCUGGGAAUUGCGGGAGGAUUGUUUCCCUACCCUGCUCAGGCGAGCAUUCAGGCUGCCACGAAACACGAACAUCUGGCCGUGGUCACAAGUUUCUUCCUAGCCUGUUACAAUAUCGGUAGCGCACUGGGAGGGAGCAUUUCCGGUGCCAUAUGGACGCAAGUUCUCCCCGAGGAGCUGAAUAAGAGACUUGGAAAUGCCACCCUGGCCGCGCAAGCGUAUUCGGAUCCCUUCACCUUCAGCACUAUGCAUGCCAUGGGCACGCCCGAUCGAGAUGCGGUUGUAGGUGCGUACAAGUACGCACAACGGCUCUUGUGUAUCACUGGAAUCUGCCUGACGGUGCCGCUGGUGGCAUUCUCGAUGUGUACUCGCAACUUGGUGCUCACUAAAGAGCAAAGCUUUGCUGAUGCUGAGGAGGAUACCGAUGCUGUCUGA